CCCGACACAUCCACAUCAUCAACGCAAACAUGGCCCGCCUCCAGGGUUCUGUCCUGCUUUUGCUCUUGUGCUUGGUCGCACUCGUCUGCGCCUGGUCCCCCGAGGGUGAGCCUGCUGAUCCCAGCCACGACUGCAACCAUACUGACAGCUGGCANGACCACGAAAUUUUCCGUCUCCAGGACGAGGUUGCCCAGCACGAGGGCAGCAAUGCUACCUUCUACUCUUUCCUCGGCGUAAAGGAUUUUGCCGGCCUUGACGCCAUCAACGCUGCCUACAAGAAGAAGGCCCGCGUCUUGCACCCCGACAAGGCCCGUCAACGCUUCAUCGCGUCCUACGACUCUGCCCCUCCUGUCAAGAAGACCAAGAAAGGAGACAAGCCCACCGUCCACGUCAAGAAGAACAAGAAGCCUUCGCAAAAGGAGAUCAAUGCUUUCGGCAAGGAAGCCUCUGCUCGCUUUGCCCGUCUCGGUAUAGUGACAAACAUCCUCCGUGGCCCUGAGCGCCAGCGCUACGACCACUUCCUCUCCAACGGCUUCCCCAAAUGGCGCGGUACUGGCUACUACUACGAGAGAUUCCGUCCUGGUCUCGGCUCCGUCUUGAUCGGUCUGUUCGUCUUCCUCGGUGGUGGUGUUCACUACAUCACUCUUUACAUGAACUGGAUGAAGCACCGCGACUUUGUCGAACGCUACAUUCGUCAAGCCCGUCGUAUUGCUUGGGGUGACGAGGUUCGCGGCAUUGCUGNUGCACCCGCCCCUGCUCCUGUCCCUGAGCCCUCAUCAGAGGAAGAACCUCAAGCCAUGAACUGGAACAGAAAGGAGAAGCGUGCUGCCGAGCCUGCUAUUGCCGAGCAAGCAAAGACUUCCGGCAUUAGUACUCCUGUUGAGGCCGAGCUUACCAGUGGCCCCGUUGGUGCAAAGAAGCGCACCAUCGCCGAGAACGGCAAGGUCCUCAUUGUUGAUAGCGUUGGCAAUGUCUAUCUUGAGGAGCGUACUGCCGAGGGUGAACUUCAUGAGUUCCUCUUGGAUGUCGACGAGAUUCAAAGACCCACCAUCAACGACACCUUCUUGGUUCGUCUGCCCAUCUACCUCUACAACAAGUCUCUCGGUACUGUUCUCGGGCAAAAGACUUCCGACGCCGAGAUGGAGGAACUGCUCGAAGGCACCGAGGAGGCCGAGGGCGUUGACGAAGCAACCGCCACGCUCAAGUCCGCAGCUCAACCCAACGGCAAUGCCGAAACUCGCAAGAGAAAGAUCAAGCCCAGCAAGUCAAGAUCCAGU